CUGCUGGGAGCACAGAGGGCCGGGCCUGCAGCGAGCGCCAUGGCGGCAGCAGGAGGAGGAGGAGGAGGAGAAGGCGCUUCGGCGGGCGAGCGGGAGCAGGCGGCGGCCUUCGAGAGCCCCAUCUACGUGACAGGAAGCCCCUGUGCCUUUUCUCCCCACGAGCGGCGCUUGUUGGCCCUCUCUGGGCCAGACGGGCGGCUUCGCGUGUGGGAGACGGCCAGCAGCCGCCUCCACCACGAGUACGUCCCCUCUGCCCACCUCAGCGCCGCUUGUACCUGCCUGGCCUGGGCACCGCCGGGCGUCGGAGGAGGCCGACCGCCUCCCAGCAAGGAAGGUCCUCAAAGGAAGAAGAGGAAAUCUGAAGUUGUAGAAACAGCUGAACAGUUAGAUCUUUUGGCUAUUGGUACUGCUGUUGGCGGGAUUUUAUUAUACAGCACAGUGAAAGGAGAAUUACAGAGUAAACUAAAUGGGCAUGACAGUAAAAUAAACUGCAUACGGUGGCAUCAGGACAAUGGUUGUUUAUAUAGCUGUUCAGAUGACAAACAUAUUGUGGAAUGGAAUGGGCAGACAUGUAAAGUGAAGUGUAAAUGGAAAGGAGAUAACAGCAGUGUGAGCUCAUUAUGCAUCAGUCCAGAUGGAAAAGUACUACUUUCAGCAGGUCGAACUAUCAAACUGUGGGACUUGGAGACCAAAGAAGUCUAUAGACAUUUCACAGGACAUGCUACAGCAGUUUCAGUGCUUAAGUUCAUCACAAUGUGGCCUCCAGCUGAAAAUCAACCAUUUGAUGGAAUUACAGGCCUCUAUUUCUUAUCUGGAGCAAUGCAUGACCGGUUACUCAGUGUGUGGCAGGUGAGGUCAGGCAGGAAAGAAAAGAAUGCUGUAAUGAGUUUCACAGUAACAGAUGAACCAAUCCACAUGGACUUGACAAUAUCAGAAAGCAAAGAACAGCCAGUGAAGAUAGCAGUGGUAUGCAGGGAUGGACUGCUGCAUUUAUUUGAGCAAGUUUUGAAUGGCUAUUGCAAAAAGCCCUUGGCAUCCAAAUGUACAAUCCAGAUAGCAACUCCCGGAGAAGGAAAUGAUUCCACACCAAAGCCAGUCCCUAUCCUAGCAGCUGCAUUUUGUUCAGAUAAAGAAUCAUUGCUACUUGUGUAUGGGAAUUCCUUAUAUCCUGUUAUUGAGAAAGUGACUUUGAAUACUACAGAAAGACACAUCUGCUUUGUAAGGGACGUUCAGAAGACUCUGACCCUGAAAACAGAAAUGGCUGUAACAAAGGUGAAAACUCCUGUAAUCAACUCAGAGGUCAAAACAUUAGUGCCUGGGAUUCCUGGUCAUAGUUCAGCUGUGAAAUCUUCAGUAUGCAGGGAUAAAAAUAAAAGGAAGACAGAUGGCAAAGAGGAGAGUAUUGAAGACCGCCUUAGUGCUAUGGAUAUUGAUGUGAUGAAAGUAAAACAGCCAUCCGGAAGCCUUCCACAGACUGAUAAUUUUGCAGUGCUUUUGGUUCAGGGUUUGGAAAGCAGUGAUCCUGUGAUUUUAAAUAAAGUGCUUCAAACCAAGAAGGAAGCAGUAAUAAAGAAAACAGUAGCCAGAAUUCCUGUAUAUUCUGUUAUUCCACUACUGCAUGAGCUCACAAGAAGGCUACAAGGGCAUCCAUACAGUGCUUCACAAAUGGUUCGAUGGUUAAAACCUGUUCUAACAAUGCAUGCCUCCUACCUUUCAACGCUGCCAGAUUUGGCCUCCCAGCUUGGAACAUUAUACGAGUUAAUGGAAAGCAGAGUAAAAACUUUGCAAAAGCUGUCUCGCUUGCAUGGCAAACUAUAUCUUAUUAUCACCCAAGUGGCUGCAUUAGAACAGGUUCAGGAUGUGCCUGAUAUUGAUCAGACUGCAAAACUGGUAUAUGAAGAAGAAUCAUCGGACGAUGGUUCGGACGACGAGAUGGUUGCAGAGAGAGAUUCAGAUGAAAAUUGGGAUGAAGAUGAAGAGAAGGAAGAUGAGGAGAACAAUGAGAGAGAUGAACAGUCGGACAAUGAGCAAGAGAUGGCAAUAGAAAAAGAAAUCAAUGGAGAGUCAGAUUUGGAUCCAGAAAAUGAAAGUGAAGAAGAAUAGCAUACUGUUCAAAGAAAGAAAGCUUGUUGGAGCCGGCUACCAAAAUGUGUCACUUCUGGAUUGCCAUGCUGGAAGCCACUUGGAUCACAACAAGGAGUGCACAUUUGAUACCUAAUAUAUCUGAUGGCAUAUUGGAAAACUCUGUUUCCAAACCUGGAGUGCAUAAUGAUGCCAUCCUUCUUGUUCUUCAGUUCUAUAUUUCUAGGGAUCACAGUGAAACAAAUUUCUUCCACAUAGCAAACAAAUUAUUUCUUUUAUUUGGAUAUUCAUUUUACAGCUCAAGUCUAGUAGCUUAUCAAUCCCCAUUGGGUGAUGAUCCUGUUGCAGCUUUGCUUUAAAUUCUGAUGGAUUGAAGACCACUCUAUCUUCUUAAACUGCUUUAGUUAAAUUUUUUGGAAGAAAAUAAAUAUUUUUGUAAGACUCAAAAACAUUACUUUGAAUUUCUUGGUAGUUCUUCCUCUUUCCUCCACAACAUCCAUUCUCUCAUAAGAGAAUUAUUUCAUACCUUAGCAAUGAUACAUUGCAAACCAGGUUUUAAGACUAAACUGACUUUUUUAUAUGUGUGUGUAAAUCAGUCAUUUUUCAUGUACUUAAAAAAAGACUCGUGCUUAAUCCUAAUUUUUUGGUUUUUUGCGCUUGUAUAUAAGUUUACUGCUGACCCAGAGAGUUCUUUGGCGGAAGAAAAAUAAUGAAAAUGGGGAGGGCAGAGACUUGUGAAUAACGUUACACAAAAACUUAUACAUUUAUUAUGGAUUUUUAAUCUUGGGAAGAAUGGGGUUGCUGUUAGCUCAAUUAAACUGAAGUGAUAUAAACAAUUCGGUAACGUUUUUGAGCCAUUCACCAGUAUAAUGUACAGUUUAAUUUGUCUAUAAUUGGAGCUGUUGCAACCUAAUGUUGCUCUCCUUUGUAAAGUGAAUAAAUAUACAUUGUCUUUAUCAA